GCUUUGUCUUGACUUCACCACCAACACCCCGGAAGGGCUAAAGCUCCUCCGUUCAUGUCCACACUGCGAUCAGUAUUCUUCUGACUAUUCUAUCCUCGAUUCCAUCCGUCUCCUGCUAGACUGCAAUCACCAACCCGUCGGCUCCGAUUCAACUGCCUUCGACGAUUGCCGCCCCCCCCCCUCUCAUCACCCUGACACACUGCGCAAUCAAUCACCGGUAUCCCAGCAUGGCUCAAUGAGCCAUGAUGAGUACUCUUGGUGAUUUUUUAGAAAGAUCUACUCGGGCACUACGAUAAUAUUCCAAUUUUCUUGCUGUGACGAUAUCACCAUCUCCCAACGUCCAAUCCCCCGACGAGCCAACGACCGUCCCCUUAUUCCCGUCACGGCCCAAUUUAGGAGCCUAACUGGUCGACAAUGUCUGGCAACUUUGAGAAGUCUGUGAAAGGGGCCACCAAGGUCAAACUUGCGGCCCCUAAAUCCAAAUAUAUCGAACACAUCCUGGUAGCGACCCAUACGGGUGAGGCGGGCGUUGCAGAGAUUUUCCGGACAUUACACCUUCGACUUCGUGAUUCAACAUGGACGAUAGCGUUCAAGGCGCUUAUCGUGGUCCACCUCAUGGUGCGGGAGGGGCAAUUGGAUGCUACAUUACAGCACAUGGCUCAAAACCCAAAACAACUCGUAAUCAGCGGUUUCUCAGAGGUGCAGUCGCAGGGACAUAAUAUCCGGAGGUAUUCCGACUACCUUAUUGCGCGCGCUAGAGCAUUCGAGGAUACAAAAACCGAUUACGUACGAAGCGGGCAAGGACGCAUGCGAAGAUUGACGGUGGAAAAGGGUCUACUAAGAGAGACCGAAAUUGUUCAGAAGCAAAUACGGGCAUUGCUUCGUUGUGAUCUGUUGGAUGAUGUUGAAAAUGAAAUCACCCUAACAGCUUUCCGCCUGCUCACCCUGGAUCUCAUGACUCUUUACUCGGUCAUGAAUGAGGGCACGAUCAACGUCUUGGAGCAUUAUUUUGAAAUGUCACGGACCGAUAGCGAACGCGCCUUGGAGAUCUACAAGAGAUUUGCAGCACAAACAGAGGAAGUGGUUAAAUUCCUUGGAGUCGCAAGGCACUACGAAUCAGCAACACGCCUAGAGAUACCAAAACUUAAACACGCUUCUACAGACCUAACGCGCCUUCUUGAGGAUGACCUGAACGAUCCGGAUUUCGAUCUGCGCCGAAGGGAAUAUCUGUACCGAAAGCACGGAAAGAGAGCCCCCUCGUCUUCAACAAGUGCCGCGGCAAAUGGGUCGACUGUUGAUUCGAAUUCCACACCCCGACCUCAAACAGCGCCCAAACCCCUCCCAAAGGCCAAUCCAGACUUGAUUGACUUCUUUGACACAAUUGAACCAAGUCAACAACAGGUAUCGCAACAUUUACAGCAGCAUCAGCAACAGCAGGCGAUGCAAUUCCAGCAAACUGGAUUCCAACCACAGCAAACUGGCUUUCAACCGCAGCAGACCGGCUUCCUUCCACAGCAGACUGGGUUCCAGCCACAGCAGACUAGCUUUCAACAGCAACAAGGCCUCUAUCCUCAACAGACAGGUUUCCAACAGCCUCAACCGACUGGAUUCGGAGGAUCGUAUGCGCCGCAGGGGAGCAAUCCGUUUGGACAACCACCGGUUCCACAACCGCUUCAACCAACACCGACUGGUGCAGGGUUUGGCGGGUACACGCCACAGCCACAGUCGUACGGAUUUCAAGCCAACCUUCCUUCUAUUCCUCAAAGCGAUCCCACUUCUUUCCAACAGCAGCAGCCAAUGCAGAGCGCACAGCAACCGCAGCAACUGCAGCCACAACCAACAAAUCCUUUUAGACAGUCAACGUUGUUGAGCACGCCAACUGGAGGAGCAACGCCAGCCAGGUCACUAAGCCGACAGAACACAAACCCCUUUGCGCGACGUCUCUCAACGGCCAACCCACAAUAUGCUGCAGAGGCGCCAUUCCCUCCACCUUCUCAGCCCCUACCCCAACCACCGGUACAAACUCUUCAGCCUCAGCGAACGGGUACUAACCCUUUUGCUCGGAGCUCUUCUGUCCCUCCUCAGCAAGGGUUGCAGCCACCGGCUGCAGCACCACUCCGGCCCAACCCCACAGGAAGCACAAAUCCGUUCCGGCAAAGUGCUUUUGUAAACCAGCAGACUGGCCAGGGGUGGCAAGUAGGUGGCCAGCAGGGCACAAUGGGCGGCUUAGAACAGCUGGAUACCAUGCCAGUCUUCCCUCGACCGGGUAUGAUAUGAUUUUUCGGGCUUCCAUUAGUAGUCUUCUUGAUUGCGCAGAUGCUACCCCAGUGAGAGUAGCAGGCCUCAAGGGCCGAAGGAUGGUGUUUUGCAUUUUGAGCCUACCCUAUAUCUCUUUUAUUGUUUUGCUUGUUUAUUUUUAUUUUAUCCCUUCUAGUAUUCUUUUUAGUCUUCAUGCAUAACUCUUGGUAGUCUGGGCUCGCAGUGCGGGCACAUACUUGCUGUGUAGCAGGAUUGUACUGGUGCGUGUACCAAGACAUCAGCGAGCAUAGAUUUUAUUCAUAUACGGUUUUAAAGACUCCUGAUAAUUCACACCUAUGUAAUUGGUCGACUUAACAAUGAUGUUGUGCUUAUGGAACCUGAAGUCUAAGAUCAGCCCAUUGGAUAUAAAGACUGC